CAGCACUAGUCGAUCCCGGACUUAGCGGAUCAUCUGAACCGAAACUCGGGUGCCGAAAGUCCGCGACCCUCUCCGGGUCCAAACCGGAGCUUUCAGCCAUGGUCUUCGAGUCUCUGGUCAGUGACCUGCUGAACAGGUUCAUUGGGGACUACGUGGAGAACCUGGACAAGUCUCAGCUGAAGAUCGGGAUCUGGGGAGGAAAUGUAGUUCUGGAGAACCUCAGGGUGAAGGAAAACGCUCUGGGCGAGUUUGAUGUUCCCUUCAAAAUAAAAGCGGGGCAGAUCGUAUAAAGUACGACGCGGCGAAGGAGGAGCGUUACCAGCAGGAGCUGAAGCAAAGAGAGCUGCAGCGCAUCGAGGAGGCUCUGCAGACCGCUGCACGCAGAAACAAACCUGAAGAUGAGAAGAAGGACACGUUUGUGGAGAAACUGGCCACUCAGGUGAUCAAAAACCUGCAGGUGAAGAUCAGCAGCAUCCACGUGCGUUACGAGGACGACCUGUCGGACCCACAGUGCCCCCUAUCCAUGGGAGUGACCCUAUCAGAGCUCAGUCUGCAGACCACAGAUGAAAACUGGAAGCCGUGCAUUCUGAAUGACGCUGCAAAGAUCUUCUAUAAGCUUGGCCGCCUGGAGAGUCUUUGUGCCUACUGGAACGUCAACAGUCCAAUGUACUACAGGCAGUCGUGGCAGGACAUUGUGGCUCAGCUGAAGUCUGGGAUCAGUGGGAAAGUCCAGGAGCUGCCCCACUAUCAGUACAUCUUCAAGCCCAUUUUUGCUUCUGCUAAAAUCUGCAUCAACCCCGCCGCUGAGGUGCAGCUAAAAUCUCCGAAGGCUGACUGUCAGCUGGAGGUCCAGAACAUUGCCAUCGAGAUGACAAAGCCACAGUACCUGAGCAUGGUGGAUCUGCUGGAGUCCAUUGACUUGAUGACCAAGAAUGCCUCCUACAGGAAGUUCAGGCCUGACGUUCCUGUCCAUGAAAAUGCCAAACUCUGGUGGAGGUACGGGUUCAACAGCAUCAUGGAGGUCCACAUCCGACGCAUCAACCAGAUGUGGACCUGGUCCAACAUCAGACGUCACCGGGAGAACCUGAAGGCCUACAGGAUCGCCUACAAGACCAAACUGCUGAGCCAGAGUAAAUCAGCACCCGACAUWGAGCAACAGGUCCAGGAUCUGGAGAAGGUCCUCGAUGUGUUCAACAUCACUCUGGCCCGACAGCAGGCCCAGAUGGAGGUGAUCCGAUCGGGGCAGAAGGUGGCUGGGAAGAAGGCAGGAGACCAGAAGCAGGGAGGGGGCUUCUUCAGCGGCUGGUUCGGAUGGAAGGGGAAGAAGGAGGAGCAGGAGCUGGAGGAGAGCAAGGAGUCAGAGGGUUCAGGUCUGGACCAGCUCAUGACAGCCGAGGAGAAAGAAAAACUUUAUACUGCUAUUGGCUACAGCGGCAGCUCCCACAACCUGACUCUGCCCAAACAGUACGUCGCUGUGAUCGUCAGCUUCCAGCUGCUGAGGACUUCAGUGACCAUCAAAGAGCAACACGACGUGCCGGAGAUCCUGAACGUCCUGAUGCUCAACCUCAGCACCAAAAUCUCCCAAAGACCUGGAGCUCAAGCUGUCAGGUGAGGCCUGGAAGUCUGCACGGCUCCAGAGUUCCUCAGUCCAACACGUCCUCCACCCGCUGGACUUCACUCUGCAUCUGGCCAAGUGUAUGGUGGACAACGACGCUCGGAUGCCCAAGCUGAAGGUGUCUGGAGAGCUGCCGCUGCUGCACGUUAAGAUCUCAGACCAGAAGAUCCGGAGUGUUCUGGAGCUGGUCGACAGCAUCCCCAUCCCCAAGAUGGACUCGAGCCCGUCCACUCCGACGGAGAAGGUGUUGCCGCUGACCAAGGUCCGGCCGCUCGCAGCCGACCUCCACCCCGUCCUCCUGGACACCUUUGAAACRGAUUCGGAUGAAGACGCCAGCGAGAAGUCAACAGAUGAGGAGCAUCAGCGCUCCGCUGUGGAGGAUCUCAUCAACGUCCACUUCAAGUUUGAAGUCCGAGAGGUGCUGCUGGAGCUCACCCGGCAGAUGAACCAGGAGAAGACCGUCCUGUCCUUCAGCGUCUGCCAGCUGGGAGCUGAAGGGAGGAUGAGGAGCUUCGACCUGAGCGUCACCUCAUACCUGCAGCGAGUCGCGCUCGACUACUGUGACCUUCCAGACGGCAGGAAGCCUCUCCACCUGAUCAGCUCGUCCAAGCAGCAGGGCUCCAACCUGCUGAAGGUGGAGUUCAUCAAGGCUGACCCGACCGGUCCCAGCUUCCAGACUCUGUUCAACAACACCGAGCAGACCCUGAAGGUGGAGUUCUCCUCCCUGGACUUCCUCCUUCACACCAAAGCUCUGCUGGCCACCGUCAGCUACCUGAGCAACGCCACGCCGCCGCAGCUCCCAACCGCCCGCGAUCAGGAAGCCAAGAAGCAGGUGGAGAGCUCAGCCCAGAGCCGGACAGUGUCUAAAGGAGGCAAAGACAGCAGCGUCUUCAGCUUCAAGCUGUUUGCCGUCUUGGGCUGCUUCCAUGUGGAGGUGUGUGAUGAUCGCAGCAAAAUCGCUGACAUCAGAGUUCAAGGAAUGGAUGGCUCCGUGUUGGUGCGGGCCAAGGAGACCGAGGUGUUCGCUCGACUCCGAGACAUCGUGGUCACAGACGCUAACCCCACCACCAUCCACAGACAGGCCGUGUCCAUCGUGGGGAAGGAGGUGUUCAGCUUCAAACUGUCCCUGCUUCCGGGCGCGACGGAGGGUGACGGCUACAGUGACAUGUCGAAGGUGGACGGGAAGAUCACGCUGAGUCUGGGCUGCAUCCAGAUCGUCUACAUUCACCAGUUCCUCAUGUCUCUGCUGAUGUUUGUUGACAACUUCCAGACAGCUAAAGAGGCUCUAAGCACAGCCACGGCUCAGGCAGCAGAGAAGGCAGCGUCCAGUGUUCGAGACUUUGCCCAGAAAAGUUUCCGUCUGGCCAUGGACGUCAGGCUGAAGGCUCCGCUCAUCAUCAUCCCUCAGUCCUCCACCUCCCAUAAUGCUUUGGUGAUCGAUCUGGGUCUCAUCACGGUGGGGAACAGCUUCUCCCUGCAGCCGGCUAAAGGCUUCUCUCUGCCAGCUGUGCUGGAAAAGAUGGUUGUCAAGCUGACGCAGCUGAAACUCGGCAGGAAAACUCUGAACUCCUCUGAUCAAGACAUUGAGAUUCUUCAGCCAAUCAACUUGGAGCUGCUGGUCAUCAGAAACCUGUCUGGUUCCUGGUUCUCCGAGCUCCCCGGGGUCCGGGUCCAGGGUCUUCUCCAGUCCCUUCGUAUAAGUCUGGGUGAAGAAGACCUCGGUGUCCUGAUGAAGAUUCUGGUGGAGAACAUCGGGGAGGGAAGUAAGAAACACAACAUGGACGUGAAAGGACAGGCGGCCCAGGAAAAGGCAGAGCAGGUGGAAGUGAAGUCGUUACAGUCCAGACCUGAUGGACAGGCGACUGCCACCAGUGGAGGACUGGCUGAGAACGCCAUCAAUGUUCUGCUCAACUUUGAAGUCAAAGAGGUGUUGCUGUCUCUGAAGAAGCCCAUGGAGCAGAAGGAGUCACCUUUCCUGGUCUUCCUGCUCCGUCACCUGGGCGUCAACACUAAAGUCAGGAAGUUUGACAUGUGUGCCACGACAUUCAUCAAGGAAGUCUCCAUGAAGUGCCUGGAGUUCAAAGACUCCAGUGGCGAGCCUCUGUGUCUCAUCAGCUCCUCGGUGGAGUCAGAAGCUGAGCUCCUGAAAGUGGAGUACCACAAGGCCGACCGCUGUGGGCCGGACUUCUCCUCCGUCUAUAAGAACACAGAGCAGAUGAUCAACGUGACCUUCACAUCCUUGGAUGUCAUGCUCCACACCGAGGCUCUUCUGUCGACCAUGAACUUCCUGUCCACAACACUGUCGUCUGGCAGUGCACCGUCCACACAGAAAGACGUCCCACCAAAGACAGAGGAGAGGACAGCAUCUGCCAAGUCCACUGCUUUGGUGUCUCCUGUGGACUCUGACGUCUGGGACCUGAAGGUGGCCGUAACUCUGGGAGCUUUCAAUGUCCUGGUGUGUGAUCAGACCUGCAACAUGGCUGACAUCAAAGUUCAGGGCAUUAAUGGGUCUUUGUUGAUGCAAGGACCUCAGACUCACGUGUCAGCCCGCCUGAAAGACUUCAUUAUCUUGAACGCAGAUCCAAAAAGCAUCCACAAGAAGGCCAUAUCCAUCGUAGGAGAUGAGGUGUUCAGCUUCAGCAUGAGUUUAACUCCAAACGCCACGGAGGGCGCCGGCUACGUCGACACCUCUAAAUGUGACGGCGCGAUAAAGCUAAAUGUGGGCUGCAUCCAGGUGGUUUACCUGCACAAGUUCGUCAUGUCCCUGCUGAACUUCAGCAACAACUUCCAGACGGCUAAAGAAGCUCUGAGCGCCGCGACGGCUCAGGCGGCGGAGAAGGCGGCGUCCAGUGUUCGAGACUUUGCCCAGAAAAGUUUCCGUCUGGCCAUGGACGUCAGGCUGAAGGCUCCGCUCAUCGUCGUCCCUCAGUCCUCCACCUCCCACGAUGCACUUGUGAUCGACCUGGGUCUGAUCACGGUGGGGAACGGCUUCUCCGUGGUGCCCAUUGCGGGAUGCCCGCUGCCGGCCGUCAUGGACAGCAUGGAUAUGCAGCUGACGGAGCUGAAGCUGUCCAGGACGUGUUUAGACCCAGACUUGUGUCGACCCAGCAUCGAGCUGCUGGAACCAGUCAACCUGAACCUCAACAUCAAGAGGAACCUGUCAGCUGGUUGGUACAAGAACAUGGCUGCUGUGGAGGUCAAUGGAGACCUGAAGCCCAUGAAGCUGGAGCUCAGUCAGGACGACCUCAGAGUCCUGCUCAGGAUCUUGAUGGAGAACCUUAAAGAGGCUGGAGGUCCAGAUCCCAACGCCCCCAGACAAGAGACCAGCCUGCACGUCCCAUCCACCAGAAGCCCCCCAACAGGUGAGUCUGAGAAGCCAGCUGAGAGCAGCGGUGAGUCUGUGGAGACGGUGAAGUUUAACUUCAACAUAGAGUCAUUGGGUCUGGUUCUGUACCACAAGAACCCCGAACAGCAGCCAACGGACCUCCAGCACCAGCAGGACCUUAAACUCGGGGAGUUCGCCCUCCGCCUGCUGAGAACCUCUGGGAAGAUAAUGAACGACGGCAGCAUGGAGGUGAAUACGGUCCUGACCACGUGCACGCUGGACGACCUGCGGACCGGCAUGGACCGGGUCACCUCACGCAUGGUGGGACAGAAAGGAGAGGACAGCUCGCAGCCCAUGAUCGAUGUGACGUACCGGCAGAGCGCCGCGGACCGGGACAUGGUGGCGGUCCUGCAGAAACUCUACCUGUGUGCCAGCGUGGAGUUCCUGAUGGCCGUCACAGAUUUCUUCCUGCAGGCUCUGCCUCAGAGUCCGGCUGCGACCGCGCCGGCUGCGACCGGCGAGAAGCUGCCGCUGAGACAGACGACUGAGCCAAGACCGGACUCAAAGACUGGUUCUGUGGUGCGGACCCGUCUGCAGGCCGUGGUGGUGGACCCGGAGGUGGUGUUUGUGGCCAGCCUGAUGAAGGCCGACGCCCCGGCCCUGGUGGCCUCCUUUCAGUGUGACUUCACUCUGCAGACUGAGGAGGAUGGUUCCCAGACCAUGAGGUCCAACCUGAGGGGCUUGACGGUUCUGGCCUGCCCCUUCAUCCGAGACGAGGAGAACAAAGCUGUGACCACCGUGCUGAAACCCUGCUCCGUGGCCUUGGAGACUAAAAUGCGACCCGAUCAACCACUGAGCGGUUCUGUGACGGUGGAGGAAGUCAUCGUUAAGAUCUCUCCGGUCAUCCUCAACACUGUGAUGACGAUCACCGCCGGCAUGGCAGCAAAGCCCGGCGCCAAGAAGAACCAGGAGUCCGAGCCGGACGUCAGCGACCUGUGGUCCAUCAUGAACAUCUACAACUGUAACUUCUGGUUCCUGGGAGUGGACCAGGCCACCGAGAUGACCGAGAGCUACAGGGAGACGGACAGACGAAACGAGGGGGAGACCUUCACUGCUCGGGUCAAGGUGGUCCAGAUGACUCUGGAGUCCGGUUUGGGUCAUCGGACAGUCCCUCUGCUGCUGGCCGAGUCUUCUGUGAACGCACAGGCCAGGAACUGGUCGUCUCUGCUGCAGCUGAAGGCUGACAUGACACUGGAGGUGAACUACUUUAACGAGCUCCACGCAGUGUGGGAGCCUCUGAUUGAACGAAUCGACGGCGGCCAGCGCAGGUGGAACCUGGAGCUGGAGAUUAUGAACAACCCAGUCGUGGACAAGAGUCCCGUGCACGGAGACGACUUCAUAUUCCUGCCUGAACCUCGGACCGUCAUCAACAUCUGCUCCAAAGACACCAUGAACAUCACCAUCUCCAAAUGCAGCCUCAGCGUUUUCCAAAACCUAGCUAAGGCGUUUUCAGAGGGCACAGCUUCGACCUUUGAUUACACCCUGAAGGAGAAGCCCCCCUUCACCCUCAGGAACGCUCUGGGGAUUCCUCUCAUCGUGCAGCACAGCGCCAACUUGAGGCUGGUUGGAGAUCCGGCUCGUGGAAAACUUCACGAGCUGCCGGCGGACCAGAGCAUGGACCUGGUCCACUCCGUGUUCGAGUCGUCGCUCAGGGGCAAACUGUCGGCUCUCCAGCGCCAGGAGAGCUGCCUGUUCAACCUCACUGUCGUGCCGUCCGGAUACAGCGAGAUCUCCAACAUACCCGUGGACAGGCCGGGGCGGCGCCUCUUCAAUGUCCGYGGGCCCAUGCUGCCGGAGGCGGUUUCUGUGCUGCUGCAGAUCGACGCCGCCGAGGGAAACAAGGUCAUCACUGUCCGCUCGCCGCUGCAGAUUAAGAACCACUUCUCUGUGCCUUUUGUCAUCCUGAAGUAUUGUCCACGCUCCAGGAGUCUGCAGAGCGUGGGAACAGCUGAACCUGAGAAGGAGUUUCACGUCACUUUGGAAGCAUACAGGUGUCAGCUGUUCGUGCGUCCAGGAGGACAUCUGGACGGUCAGUAUGCUGCGUCCUCCAGCUGCGUGUCCUGGAAGGAGCAGGUGCAUCAGAGCUCGGAGGUGCGCUCGGUGCUGCAGUGUCCGGCCACAGACAGCAGCCUGCUGCCCCUGGUGGUCAGCACGCUGGCCGUCCCUGACGACCUGCGGCACAUCACCAGCUGUGGUGAGGAGGACUGGGAUCCCGCCUACAUCAUCCACCUGCACCCCGUGGCCACGUUCCGUAACCUGCUGCCCUACAACGUCCGCUACAUGAUGGAGAACUCAGCAGACUUCUGUGAGCUUGAUGAAGGCAGCACGUCGGACCUGCUGAACGCUCGGGUCUCUGGUGAGAUCGUUUCUCUGGCGCUGAUCCAGUACCAGGGCCACCACUGGCACGGACACAUGAGGAUCAGGCCGGACAUGGCGGAGUUCUUCACGGUGUGCCUCACCUGCGACUCGGACAGCGAGACGACGGUGGACGUCAGCGUGCACGUGUCCAGGACCACGGGCCGCCUGGUGAUGUCGCUCUUCAGCCCGUACUGGAUCAUCAACAAGACGUCCCGAGUCCUCCAGUACCGGUCCGAGGAAGUCAGCUUCAAGCACCCCGCUGAGUACCGAGACGUGAUCCUGUUCUCSUUCAGGAAGAGCAGCCUGUUCAGCAAGAGCAAGAUCCAGCUGUGCAUCUCCACCAGCUCCUGGUCUGACAGCUUCUCYUUGGACACGGUGGGGAGUUACGGCUGCGUGCGCUGCCCUGCUAACAACAUGGACUUCCUGGUGGGCGUCAGCAUCCAGUUGAGCAGCUUUAACCUGACCAGGAUUGUCACCAUGACUCCUUUCUACACGCUGGUGAACAAGUCGUCGUACGAGCUGGAGGUUGGAGAGCUGAUCAGAGAGUCCUCCACCAGGUGGCACUACAUCCCCUCCACCGAGUGUCUCCCUCUGUGGCCCAUGAACACCUCGGGGAAGCUGUGCGUCCGUGUGGUCGGCUCCGAGUCCAGCUCCAAGUCCUUCUUCUUCGACCGGCAGGACAGCGGCACGCUGCUGAGCCUGGACAUGUGCGGCGGUGUCAUCGUGGACGUCAGCAUCUCCACCAACGCCUCCAUCAUCAGCUUUACGGAUUACUACGAAGGCGCGGCCCCCGCCCUGCUGAUCAACCACACAGCCUGGGUCAGCAUCAGCUACAGGCAGAGUGGAUCGGCCCAGGCUUGGAACCUGCAGCCAGGCGAGGCUCGGAGGUUCGUGUGGGACGACCCUGCAGGAACCAGAACGCUCAGCUGGAGCCACAAGAACCAUUCAGGAGAACUGGACUURCUGAAGGAUGAUUCAGGUCAGUUUUCUGUGGACAGCAGAUCUCAGAUMCACUGGGUGUCCUUCCUGGACGGACGGCAGCGGGUCCUGCUGUUCACGGAGGACACUGCCGUGGUGACGAAAGCUCGACAGUCAGAGGAGCUGGAGCAGUUUGAACAGGAAGUGAAGGUGUCCCUGCAGAACCUGGGUCUGUCUCUGAUCAACAACAGCAGCCGGCAGGAGGUCGCUUACAUCGGAAUCACCAGCUCAGGUGUGGUGUGGGAGUACAAACCAAAGAACCGCUGGAAGCCGUUCAAUCAGAAGAACAUCAACCUGCUGGAGAAAACCUACCAGAGUCAGCUGAGUGGGACGAAGGAAGGAGGCUGGGUGGUGCUGGAGAACAACAUGGAGGUGAACUUGAAUACAGCGGUAAUGAUGAUGCGUCAGCCCCAUUCCUGCCCAAUCAGAAGGAACUUCCUGUCUGGGAUCCAGGUGGAGUUCAAGCAGUCGAUGCACCAGCGCAGCCUGAGAGCACAGCUGCACUGGCUGCAGGUGGACAACCAGCUGCUGGGUGCCAUGUUCCCCAUCGUCUUCCAUCCAGUUCCUCCUCCCAAGUCCAUCGCUCUGGACUCAGAACCAAAACCGUUCAUYGACAUUUCGGUCAUCACCAGGUUCAACCAGCACACUAAUGUCACACAGUUUAAGUACUUCAUGGCUCUGGUUCAGGAGAUGGCAGUGAAGAUUGAUCAAGAUUUCCUGGAAGCCGUCCUGGCUCUGUUUACACCAGAUGCUGACCCUCAAACUGACAGAAUGAAGACGGGGCUGAUCGACAGAGAUCUGCAGCGCCUGCAGGCCGAGCCCACAGACGUGUCUCAGUCCGACGCAUCAGGAUUCAGCUUCUUUGAAUAUUUCCACAUCUCACCCAUCAAGAACCUACACAAGGCCAUAUGUGAGGCUGAGGUGGCCCAGCAGCAGCACCGCAUGGUGAGACAGAARUCCCAGCGCUUCCUGAGGCUCAGCAAGAAGCAGUGAUGUCACUUCCUGUCUGUCAGCAGCCGCAAAGUGGGCGGGGCUUGGGUAAAAAUGUUCCUUUUUUGUGCCAACAAAGAACACCUGAUGAAUCCGUCCAAUCAGGACGACCCAGCAGCUGCCGACGCUCGUCUGCUUUCUGUUUGGUUUGUCAGAAGUUUAGUUUAAAAUUUAAAAGAAUCAUAGAAUGGAGGUUUUUGUUGUUGUUUACAUGCACUGAAACUAAAACCAUCUUGUAGGAAAAAUAAUAAAACUUGAAUGUUGUUAAUCUUUUCAAAACAAUAACCCUCUUUGAAUCAAGUGAUGAAGGUAAACACGCUGAGUUUAAUGUUUUAUUUACCGUAACUGCUUUUAUUUUGAAGUGUCUCCUGUGUGUGCGUGGGUCUUUUGUCCCUCCUUUGUGCCUGCAGGCAUCACUUCCUGCCUUGAUGAAGCCAUAAAAUAUGUUUUGCACUAAAAGACUUACAGUAAUGAUUAUGUUGAGGAUGUUUGAUGUUGAUUUUCAGGAAAAUAAAAAUAUCAAAGAUUAUGUUCUAAAGAAAAUAAGUUUGUUUGAAAUCCCCAUGAAGAACAAGAAAUCUAUCCUUUUUUGUUUGUAUCAUCUCUGAUGUAACCAAAAACCUGUUGUCUCCUGAUGAUACCGGGUUCUUACAGGUAAAAUGAAUAUUUCUUGUAAAAAUCUGAGUUAA